AUGCAUGUUUCUUCUCUACCUAAAGGGCCAGAUACUGUACGUAUCCUUAUCACAACUGAUAAUCACGUAGGGUAUAACGAGAACGACCCAAUUCGUUCAGACGAUUCUUGGAAAACUUUCCAGGAAAUCACCUACUUGGCCAAAUGCAAAGAUGUAGACAUGGUGUUGCAAAGUGGGGAUUUGUUCCAUAUAAAUAAACCUUCGAAGAAGUCAAUGUAUCACGUAAUGAGAUCCUUGAGAUUGAAUUGUAUGGGGGAUAGGCCAUGUGAAUUGGAACUAUUGAGCGACCCAGGGUUGGUCUUUGGGGACGGCUUUAACACUGUAAAUUACGAGGACCCGAAUUUGAAUAUCUCAAUUCCAGUUUUUGCAAUAAGUGGUAACCACGAUGAUGCUACAGGUGAAGGGUUGCUCCUGCCAAUGGAUUUACUAUCGGUGGCUGGUUUGGUGAAUCAUUUCGGUAAAGUGAAGGAUAAUGACAACAUAACAUUGUCUCCCUUGCUCUUCCAAAAGGGUUCCACAAAAUUAUCGCUAUAUGGAUUGGCUAAUGUGAGGGAUGAAAGAUUAUUCAAGCUGUUCAGGGAUGGGAAAGUCAAAUUCCUCAGACCAAAUUUAGCGGUUGAUGACUGGUUCAACUUGAUAUGUGUCCAUCAGAACCACCUGGCUCACACCAAUACCUCGUAUUUGCCAGAGCUGUUCUUGCCGAGUUUUUUAGAUUUAAUAAUCUGGGGCCAUGAGCACGAAUGCAUACCGUAUCCUGUGCAUAAUUCAGAAAUGGGGUUUGAAACUUUGCAGCCGGGCUCUUCAGUGGCUACGAGUUUGUCAGAAGGUGAGGCAGCUGAGAAGAAUGUUUUUAUAUUGAAUAUCAAAGGCAACGAUUACCUGUUGGAAACGAUACCCUUGAAAACGGUAAGACCAUUUGUAAUGGAAGAAGUUAGCUUAAGACUGGAAGAUAUAAUCCCUGGGCCAGCUUCUAAGGAUGAGAUCAGUCAAUUUUUAACUGGUAAAAUUGAAGAUUUGAUUAGAAGGGCAAGUGUACAGUUUAAGCUAUCAAACCCUGACUUGUUCGAUGAUGAUGAAGAAGACGGAAUACUGGAAGAGGAAAUUAUGAAGAAAAUUCCUUUACCUUUAGUACGAUUGAGAGUUGAGUAUUCCGGUGGAUACGAAGUCGGGAAUCCAAGAAGAUUUUCGAAUAAGUUUGUAGGAAGAGUUGCAAACGUUAAUGAUGUUGUACAGUUUUACAAGAAAAGAGGAGGAGAUACCAGUCAUAAUAGCAGGAAAAAUGGAAUAACUGGCAAAAAUGGGCAAAACGUUAGGUUCGAUGACCCAACAGAUUCUAUCGAUGUAGGAUCAGAAUCAAUCUCAUCGGAGAUACAUGUGCAAGAACUUAUGAAUGAGUUCCUCAAACAAACCCAGUUGGCAUUAUUACCCGAAGAUGGUAUGAAUAAUGCGGUUGCUAAUUUUCUUAAUCAAGAAGAUAAGCGUAGUUUAAAAAAGUAUAUCGAUAACGAAAUGAAACAAGAGACUCAGCUUUUACUCGAUGUUAAUAUUGAUUAUGACCUGUUGCAUGAUGGUAAUGACCUAAGGGCGGGACAAAUAUUCAAGAGUGUUCUCUCGGAAAUAAAGCGUGACAACAAAAAGAAGUUGCUGGAAUCCCUCUGGGAUGAUAUUGAUGCGUCGAAAUUUAAGUCCCCAUCGACUAAGACUAAAGCAGUGUCCGGAAAGGAAAGCAAAAAGAGAACCACUAGUAAAUCCAUAGUGAGCGAUAGCGAUUUAGAGGAUGAAGAGGAUGAUGAAGACGACGUUGAUGACUUAGAUGUGAUUGAACUAGAUGAUGAUGAUGAUGAUGACGAUGAGCAAAUAUUAUUAUCAGAUAGUGAAGAAGAAGAAGAAGUCAUAACGAAGAAAAGUACCACCAGAACCAGAGCUGGUAGAGCAGCUCCAGGGGCUACUAAACCUGUAAAUCCGCCUGCUGCGAAGACUACUACCAGGAAGCCUGCUACUAAAACACCACGGGCUAGACCUGCAAAAUCAAAGACAACUAAAGCAACUAAGCCGCCAGCAAAGAGUAAAGAUAAGGCAGCAGCGACUCAAUCGGGUAAGAGAAGUGUAUUGGAUGAUCUAAUGGAUAUUUGA